AUGAGACUCACAUCAUCACUUAUCCUCAACGCGGUACUGUGUGCAGCAGUACCGCCAGUCCCCCGCCAACAAAAGCCACCGGCGUUCUUCCUCGCCGGUGACUCCACUACAGCCUCAAAUGGUGGCUGGGGUGAUGCUUUCCUAACAGUGCUAGAAGGCGGUGCCACCGGCCAGAACGAAGGCCGGAGUGGCGCUACGACGGUCUCUUACAUCAAUGGUGAAGGGGUGGAACUGCUUCAAGGUUUGGUCACGGAUAACACAGACGACUACGACUGCUACGUUACUCUGCAAUUUGGACACAAUGACCAGGCAUCCACAGCCAACAUCACAAUGGACCAAUUCCAAUCCAACCUGCAAUUCAUGUCCGAAAAAAUCACCGCAGCGGGCGGGACACCCAUCAUCCUGACACCCCUCACACGCCGGACCUUCACCAACGGCACUCUCGACGACAGCCUUGCCAAUGUCUCCGAAGCCUCUCGUAAAGCAGCACAGGCCGCAGGUGUCCCAAUGCUCGACUUGAACGCGGCCUCUAAGGCGUAUGUACAAGCUAUUGGAUCGUCUGAUGCCGACACUUACAACCUCGCCUUUGGAGAUUGGACGCAUUUGAAUGAGCACGGCGCUACGGUAUUUGCACGGAUAGUGGCUGAUUUGGUUGAGGAAUGGAGGUUGGCGUUUGAUGGGUACAUUACGCCUGAUGAGGAGUUGUCGGAGAAGAUCAAGGAGGGUAUUUAUGCAUGA